GGGCGGAGUGGUGAAGAGCGGCUCGGCCAGGGGAGUCGCACUCUGUCAGAAACGGACAGGAAGACGCCGCCGCCGCCGCCGCCUCACAGACCAAGCGGGUUUACAAGAAGGAUAUCUGCACAGGUUGAAUACCAAAGUAAAGUGCAGGCAUGGAUCAUUAACAAGGUGAGGGACCAUCUCAGUAUGUGAUCCUGCACAGUGGAGAAAACCAGAAGAGAGUAUCACGGAAGAAAGGUGCAGUGGAGAAAACAGCAGUAAAUUUAAGGACUAGUCCAUUUUUGGAAAAUGCACGGCUGUCAGCAAGAAGUUUCCAGUAACUAGAACGUUUUCCAAAACAUCCUGGUUCAAAGCAGAAGUCUUCUUAUGAUGUCCAGUACUUUGUCCUCCCGGCUUAUAAACUCUGCAAGAAGCAGCAUCUGUGCUUUUCAUGGAAAAGGACAUUUGAAUUCCAGGUACAUUUCAAAUGAGAAGAAAGUAAACCAGAGGAGGUUGCUUUCCAAAAGUCUUUUUUCCUCUGCAGGGGCAAACACCAGUGGAAGCAAGGAUGGUGUUCUCACCUUGAGUAAGGCUUUCAGACAUACCUCAACAGAAGAAGAAGACUUCUCCUUCCAUCUGACACCGUCACAAAUAGAUGACAUAUUAAGAGCAAGUGAGUUCUCCUAUACAAUACCCGAGUUUGAUGGGAAGAACCCUAGCUCGGUGCUGAAAUUUGAGAGUAGCCACUUGGCUGCCAACAGCCCGAGCGAAGACCGUCGAAGCGCAGCUGCAUUUUUGCAGACCAGAGGGAUGAUGUUUGGGAUCUUCGACGGUCACGCGGGUUAUGCCUGCGCCCAGACGGUCAGUGAGAGGUUGUUUUUUUAUAUAGCCAUUUCUCUCCUGCCUCGGCAACAACUAGAGGAAAUCGAAUUUGCCAUGGAGUCUCUGAAGCCUGUUCUGCCAAUUUUGCAAUGGUACAAGCAUCCAAACGACAGGUUCUUUCAAGAAGUAGCCUCUUUAUAUUUGGAACAACUCAGGGUUUAUUGGCAGGCCUUACUGGACAUGGACUCGGGCUUUACAACAGAGGAAGCCUUGGUCUAUGCGUUCAAAAGAUUGGACUCAGACCUGUCAUUGGAGGUUCAGGCUCCCAUAGAAAAUGAACUGAUGAGGAACAUAGCCCUUCAGGUGGCUUUUUCAGGCUCAACAGCGUGCGUGGCUCACGUCAACAACAUUCAUUUGCAUGUGGCCAAUGCUGGAGACUGCAGAGCUGUCCUCGGCGUUCAAAAUGAAGACGGAUCAUGGUCUGCCCUCCCUCUAACACGAGACCACAACGCCUCCAAUAAAUCAGAAGUCUUGAGGUUAAGACGGGAGCACCCAAAGUCUGAAGAGGACACUCUCUUGGUGAACGACAGACUGCUGGGCGUCCUUAUGCCUUCUCGGGCAUUUGGAGACGUCCAAUUCAAAUGGAGUCAGGAGCUGCAGCACAACGUGCUAGGAAACAGGGACGAAACCAAAGCAUUAAACAUUUACGAGUACGUACCGCCCAACUACCACACCCCUCCUUAUUUAACUGCGGAGCCAGAAGUCACCUACCACAAAAUAAGGCGUCAGGAUAAAUUUUUAGUGAUAGCUUCCGAUGGUCUGUGGGACAUGCUGAGCAAUGAAGAGGUGGUCAAGCUCGUUGCGGAACACCUGCUUGAAACAAAAAUGCAGAAAAUGCGGCUUGCUUUUAAAAAAACAGCCAAGCGGGGUUACAUGCAGAACCUGCUGCUACAGAGGAAAGCCAAGCGUGUUCACUCUUAUGAUGGAAAUGUAGCUACCCACCUCAUCCGACACGCAGUUGGGAACAACGAAUACGGAGAGGUGGAUCAAGAGAGGCUUGUGGCAAUGUUGACUCUUCCCGAUGACCUGGCACGCAUGUAUAGGGAUGACAUUACGGUUACUGUGGUGCAUUUUAAUUCUGAGACAGUAGACAGUUACUACCAAGAAAAUAAAUAAGGGGCCUGGUUAGCUACUGAAUCUUACUUGUGCUAAUUCUGUGGACUGUCUUUUUGCUAUACAUGAAAUGCCUAGAAAUGCCACUGUGUUGAAGUCCCCUAGCUGUCUCUUCAGUGGUCUAAUCCUGCUGUUCUAAUAUUGGUGUUAAAACUUUUAUUUAUGUAUUAGAACAAAAUUCUAAGACGUCUGGGAUGGGGGAAGGAGAAGGGCAGUUGUGUGCUGAAAAGACUGAGAGACAAAGAUGUAGGUAGCUGUUUAUAGAACAAGUAAAAGCAAGACCUACAUGCAGACGGCUCAAUCUCAUCACCAUUGAAAUCGGCAACCAGUGCCCUCGGCAUGUACAAAGGCAGCUUGCUGUUGAAUGAGAUUAGCACAGGCUUGUCCAAAACAGUGGGUGAAACUUUGAAGCCCAGGCUCAAAAGUAGCUGUUGAUUGAAAGAUUGCAUGUGGAGUCUCAGCCAGUGAGGAAAAUUCUACCAAGUACCAGACUGCACUGGCAACGGUUACGUUGAUGAGAGCGGGUGUUACACAAAAGGGGAUUGAGUUGGAGAGGGUUUCUGUGCCCCAGAACGUGACAUUUCAGUAGCACAUCUGAUGAGCACACUGUAUUCCCUGAAUCUGUUCCUCUGUUUAUUCUUGCAGGGAAGCUUUCUUAUAUCAACACUUCAACCAUUUAAAAGAAAAAUGUGAUUGGCUUUUCUACUAAGCUUUCUGCUGUAGCCGAUUUAAAGCUUGAAAACUAGGUAGCUUUCUUCUUGUUCUGACUGUGAAACUGUUUGUGCACUGGACUAAUUGCUGCUUGAACACAUUCAUGCAGCGCAGCAGGGAUUUAAGUGUGCUAGUUGUAUCAAUUGCUGUUGUGCCAUAAUAGUACCCAGUGUGGUACCAGGGCCUCAAAAGUUCUCAAGUCUAUUGAAAUUUACCAUUUUAAAAAAAAUCCUAAUAACUUUGCUUAGCCAAGUUAUUCUUGCAAGAAACUUUGGCAGUUUUCUUCCGCGUUACAGAAAAUAGCCUACCCUAAUGAAUUUUAACAUGUGUGGAUAUUGGACCUAUGCCAAUGCUAUUCAUGGGGGUCUGUGUGUGUGUGUGUGUGUGUGCGUGCGUGCGUGCGUGUGCACGUGUGUGCUUGUGAUUUUUUGAUGAAUGAAUAUUUGUGGGCUAUAGAAAUGCAGCCUUGAAUUUGCAGGCAGCGCUAUUUUGUGACUGAAUGCUCCCUAAAUUAUUAGCGCUUUGUAAUAACUGUUGCUAAUAACUUGGCUCCUUCGCUGAGUACUUAAUAGCGCACUUCAUUUCGAGUAAGUGUUCUGUCCAGAUAAAGUUGCAGCCUUACUUCAAAGCCAGCACUUAAAACAUAAAGACACUUGUGGCAACAUUUGACUGCUACAGAAAAAACUACAGCUACCCUAUAAUGGAAAAUGUCCAGUCGAGCAUUUGGAAUUUUCCAUUCUAUCGGUCAAAGUUUGGAACAGGUUUGAAGGCCACCUCUGAUAAUGUAGUUGCAGGAAAAAAAACCCGGGGAGAGAUGUGGGGUUAAAACCAUUCAUACUGUGGUUUGCAAAAAGAGGAAGGUAUGAAGAUGCAAUGACUGAUUAGUUUGGUGCUGAUAGGAAAUCUGCUUUGUAAACUUCCACUCCUCCAGAGUACAAUGUAGGCUCAGUUACAUUAAGGGAAGAAAGAGGUUAAGUAGAAGGCUGAGAUGGGAAAGGAAGCAAAAGGCCAGCCUCACAACAACUAUUAAGACCUGUAAGGUCUGUAAACACUUUAUAUUGGUAAUCAACUUCUAAAAAUACUUCACUGGAAAGCUUGUCUUUCCACCAGCACUUUAAAAAGAACCCUAUACAACAUGGAUCUGUACAUCAAUUAAACUGAAAAUAUUGUUGGGUACGAAUGUGUGUCUAGGUGAUGGGAUUUUAAAAUUAUUAUUUGGAGCCCUAAGUGUUGUUCCAAACAACCAUAAAGCUGAUAACUGAUUCUCGUUAUUAACUGGAAUCAGUUAUCAGCUUAACUGGAGUAACCAAUUCGAGUUAAUAUCAAACACAGGAUUCUAACACCUGCUUAAAGAGGGCUCCUGAUCUGCUGUCAUUUGAUAUUGUGGUAGUGUGAGUGCAACGUUUUUUGUGUCUUCAGGAUAAAUGACACACAGUGUCUCGAAAGCGCACAUGACAUCUUAAACGUUAAUGAUCAUUACACUGUACAUGUUAAAUUGGUAAUCACUAUUUUAAAGAUUUGCAUUUGUGUUCUUCUCUGUAAAAAAAAAAUAAAAAAUAAACCCAGCACUUACUUUCCUGCUGCUGUGCUUCUAAUUGAAUAGGGAGUGUGGUAAUUAGCUGGGAAAAGAGGUGGUGGAACUCAGGACCGCACAAUGACAUCACUUCGGGUCAGGUGGAACAGGAGAGUUUUUUAAAGGUUAAAUCGCCCUCUGCAAAAAUGAUCACAUGGCCGGUGGGCGGUGGCCCCGUCCCCUGAUCUCCAGACAGAGGGGCAUUUAGAUUGCCCUCUGCACCACUCUAGCCAUGCAGAGGGCUAUCUAAACUCCCCUCUGUCUGGAGAUCAGGGGGCGGGGCCACCGGCCAUAUGACCAUUUGCAAGAGGUGCUAGAACUCCGUUCCACCGCGUUCCAGCUGAAAAAAGCCCUGGUAAUCAGUAUUGUUCUUGAGAAGGUGGGAACUUCAAAGGUCAGCACUGAGUGUUUAACUGAUAUUCAAAUAAUCCUGUUGGCUGUACAUCCCGCUCUUUCUAGCCAGCAGCUGUUGAAAUGUAAGACAGAAACAACACUGCUUCUUGAUGGGACUUCUACAUGUCCCUCAUUCACUGCUUCUCACCUACAUGCUCGUCUUGUGUGCUAUUCUUGUGUUCUGUUUCCCCCUCUCCCAAAUAACAUGCCCAGUGUUGAACCGGCAAAAUCUGCUGAAAUCUUCAAUGUGGUUAAUUUCAAGAGCAAUUUCCAGUGCCCGGGCUCUGUUUGGUUGCUGAAAAUGAAUUUUUGGCAUGGGGUGGGGAUUGUCUCAUAGUGACAAUACUGUAUAAUAAAGAACUGCAGUUAAAGUACAGAAAUCCCUGUUAUUUUAACAUAUUGAACUUAUUUAGCAAUAUUGUUAAUGUGCCUAUUUGAAUAAAAUUAUAUCUGCUUUUAGGGGGAAAUAUCUUUACUUGUGUGUGAUUUCAUUGCCAUUUAGAAAUCUUCUGGGUAUAUUUUGGAGUGAGAUUAUUGAACACUGUUAGUGGUGUGGCAUUCUUGCUUAGUGGGACGAAGAGAACAUAUUAUUAAAGAUAUUUUGUUCUUUUUUUAACUUCUUUGUAAAUAACAUCUAUUUGGAAAUAAAAGCCCUAAAAUGGGACAUGCAAAGUG